UACUAUGGAAAGAGCUGCAUGGAUGCCUGCCAGCUGAACCCCUGUGAGAAUGAGGCUCUCUGCAGGAGGAAACCCAGCAGCUCCCACGGCUACACCUGCGACUGUGGAGACAACCACUUCGGACGGUAUUGCCAGCACAGGAUUGACCAGCAGUGCCCCAAGGGCUGGUGGGGGAACCCGACGUGCGGACCCUGCAACUGUGACGUGAGCAAGGGCUUCGACCCGGACUGCAACAAGACCAAUGGACAGUGCCACUGCAAGGUGAGAAUGGGUGGUUCAGGGCUGACAGGACCAGCGGACAGUGCCACUGCAAGGUGAGAACGGGGGAUUCAGGGCUGACAGGACCAGCGGACAGUGCCACUGCAAGGUGAGAACGGGGGGUUCAGGGCUGACAGGACCAGCGGACAGUUCCACUGCAAGGUGAGAACGGGGGGUUCAGGGCUGAUAGGACCAGCGGACAAUGCC